GCAUCACCACGUGGGAUUUAUCAGGAGAAUUUAGGUAAAUUUAUUCCCGCUCCUCCCACGAUGUUGUUUGUGCCAGUGCAGAAAUACAGAGCAGAUUUAGCUGCUCGCUCUAACAGGGUGAUAACAGUCAGGCCUGGCACAGUAAUUCCCAUUAACAUCAUCCUUAAGAAAAUAAGAACAUGGUGAUUGACCUCGUACGGUGCUAGUUUUUCUCUGAGCAAAGUGUUCUUCGCUUGCUGGUGAUGGUCUGUACAUUGUGGUUUAUUGUUCAUCACAUGAAGGUGCCGAAGGACAGCCCGCAAAGAGGAUGAAAUGUGAAGAAAGCAGUGUAAAAUCAGAGCUAGAGGGACUCACAUGUGAAAGUGGAAACCUUGCUGCACUGGGGGAAACACCUAAAACAUCUGAUGGGGCUGGAGCUUCAGAAGAUCCAGGAGACAGCACUAUAAUCCAACAGGAAAAAGAUGAAAGCAUUCCAGAGACUGAUGAAGGGAAGCAGGAAAAGGAGCGUGGUGUUUCUCUGGAGCCACACGCAGUGAAAUCCAGCGGUACUCCAUUAAAAAUGGGUGGAUAUCUGCACCACUAUCAGGUGUUCAGUGAAGGGGAGAGCAGCUGUGGGAGCUUUGAGGAGGCCACCUCGGAGGACACGGAUCACCCGCGGAGGCCAAUGCUCGUGGAGCACAGCAGCUGCCUCUCGGAUGAGGACAGCAACCAGCCCAUGCCAGUGCACCGCUUCUUUGGAGAUGUUGAGCUGCAUCUCCCAGCAGUUGUGCUCCCGAGUGUGACGAGGAGCAGGCGAGAAGCCAGGAAACUCCAUUUCAUUGCAAAGGAAGAUGAUGAUGAAGAGGAGGAGGAGGAUGUUGUCUAACAACAAACUGUAAACAAAUUAAACCCUUCUUCUUUUUCUUUGUGACCACAUGGCAAUGGCUGUGUCAGUAACAUGAGGUGUCUGUUUGCCUUUUCUCAGGGAGAGAACUGGAAGAGUUCAUUUUGCAGGAAUUGGCAGAUACAGUAUUCCAGUGAUUAUCUGGGGCAAAUAACCGAAUUUUCAGUGAUUUGGAAAUAAAGUAUAAUUUAGCACUUUACCACCGAUAUUUAGGAAAAAAACGCAGG